CUUACGUAGUCUCUGAACUCUGCCCUUUGCUUAACCUAUAUUCUCAUAAUAUUAAUACAUAUUUUUUGUUUUGUGUUUAAAAAAUUCAAUUAAAUAGUCACUAUUAUUAUAAAACUUUGUUAUCGAAGAUUAAGGUAAUAAGAAAAUGUCACGACAAAUAUCUAGACUUGACGCUAAAAAAGUGAAUUCAGAACUUCUGACACUCACUUAUGGCGCUCUUGUAUCUCAAAUGUUAAAAGAGACUGAAAACACAGACGAUGUGAAUAAACAAUUAGAACGAAUUGGAUAUAACAUGGGCGUGAGACUUAUUGAGGACUUUUUAGCACGUACCUCAUCAAACAGGUGUUUAGAGAUGAGAGAGACCGCAGAUAAAAUACAACAGGCUUUUAAGUUAUAUUUAAACAUGCAGCCAACAGUAACAAGUUGGAGUAGUUCCGGAGAUGAGUUCUCUUUAGUAUGGGACCAGUGUCCGCUUAGUGAGUGGGUAGAAAUGCCUAAUAAUGGACUCAAGUACUGUGCGCUGUUACCAGGGGCAAUACGAGGGGCAUUACAAAUGGUCCAAUUAGAAGUGCAAUGCUGGUUUGUACAGGAUCAACUAAAAGGUGAUGCAGUAACAGAGUUGAGAGUAAAAUAUAUAAAAAGGUUAGAAGAUGCAGUUCCAGCUGGCGAAGAUUAAAUAUUUAAGUAUUUAAUAUCUGUAAUUUAUUUAUAUUUACAUGUAAACUAAUGAUUGUAUAAUGUCAUAUAAUAGACAUGACUAAGCUUAAUUUUUUAUUACCUGCAGAGUUUGAUGGACUUCAAGUAUUAAAAGUGCAAUAUUCAGAGCAUAGCAUAGUUUCAUUGGCAGGUUAGACAAAAUUAAGCAAUGUGUCUUAAAAUAUAUAUCAGUUUUUUUUAUCCCCUGCUCGAAUGAAUCAAAGCACAGGAUCACAAUGAAAUUUUAUGAUAAUAAUCUUAGAAAUUAUUACCCUAUCAAUGUUUUUUUAAUGUUUCACGCUCAAUACAGUACUCAAUUAACUCAAAAAUAAUCUAUUAUUUUAAUUAAAAUAAAAAAUACGGAUUGAUUUGAUUUGUUCAAGUGAAAUCUUUUAAUUUUUGUAUUCAGUAAUUUGUUUACAAAAUCUUGUAUAGAUUAGGAAGUAUCUAGUCUAGUGACAUAUUUUCAUUUCUGCUUUGUAUAAAGGUAUGUGUCCAAGAUAUAAAUGAGACCGUAAGUGUGUAUGGUGGUAGAAUAAAUAACCUUUGUUGUUGCUAUGGUUCUUAUCAGACUACUGUUUUUGUUUUUAAGUUCACGGUACUGUGUCACUCAUGUGUUAUAUCCUAUUUAUUUCAUAAGCACGACUAGACGCCUGUACUCUGAGAAAUACUCUCUCCUCUAUUCCUGAAUUCUCUCUAUUAUCUGACAGCUAAAGAAGAGAGCUAAUGUUAUUGAGAUUAUAUUAUAUAUAUCCUGUCCUACAAAAAAUUGUUUACCCAUAUACAUUAAUAUCGCUAUUUAAAAAUAGGGAUGGAUGGUGGAAAGCUAAAAAUUUUGCAGUGUAUGUAUUAUGUUUUUAAUGCCACAUCAUAGAAAAAUAAAAGUAUUGUCCAAAAAAAUUUUUCAUUUUGGGGUGGGCCACCUUGUCACUUAUAGGUAUAAAAAUUUGAUAACGACUUAUUCUCAGGCCUACCAAGUAUCAAAUUCGGUUAAACCCUUUCGGAGAAGUAUGGCAACUAAUACUGUGAGAAAUACAAGACUUUUAUUUAUAUACUAGUAUUUUAUUAUUAUUUAUAUACUUCUAAUUUUCUUUUGUAUCUAUAACGUUACAUAUAAUAUAAUAAAUAGUAUAUAAUUUUUAUAAUAUAAAGAGUUAUUAUUC